AUGGCCAGUCGGCACAAGGAAGAAGGGAUGAAGAACCAAGAAAUGAUAAAGAGAAUGAUCCAUGGAUCCAACAACAGUCGCUUGACGGUCGUUCACCGCCACGGCCCAUGUUCACCACUCGGCCGAUGGAAGCACCUGAACCACCACCGUCUCCUCCGCCAAGACCAAUACCGAGUCCAAUCUCUCCACCACCGCCUCUCCUUCCCUACUGCAUCCAAGCCAACGAAACUCGGAACCUCACUCGCCGGCGUGACAACCCCUUCCCGCUCCGGCAUCCCCCUUGGCACCGGUAACUACAUUAUCACCGUCGGCUUUGGUACUCCCAAACGAGACUUCACCGUGAUCUUCGACACCGGCAGCGACCUCACCUGGAUCCAGUGCGAACCUUGCGUCAAGUGCUACGCUCAAAAUGAGACGCUUUUCGACCCAUCUCAGUCCUCCACCUACUCCAACAUUCCAUGCAGCUCCAGCGACUGCUCGCUACCCAGCGGUCAAACCGACUGCGACUCAUCUAAUGAUUGCCGCUACGUAGUCGAGUAUGGCGACAGGUCCUCCUCAGUGGGAAUCUUAGCUCAGGAGACCCUUACGUUGACACUUUCCGACGUGCUAACAGAUUUCCGGUUCGGCUGCGGGGGGGAGAAUGAAGGCCUCUUUGGCCGUGCCGCCGGACUAAUUGGCCUUGGACGCGGCGAGGUGUCAUUGGUGUCGCAGUCGGCUGAGAAGUACGGAGGAGUCUUCUCGUACUGCCUCCCAUCCCGCUCUAGCUCGACAGGCUACUUGAUGCUGGGAGCUGCCACGCAGACACCUAAUAUCAAAUUCACCACAAUGCCAACAGAGUCAUAUGCACCAUCGUUUUACUUCGUCGAGCUAACCGGAUUAACCGUCGGAGGAAGAGAUCUUUCAAUAGCAUCGUCGGUGUUUUCUAAUGUCGGGACUAUCAUCGACUCCGGCACCGUCAUCACGCGGCUUCCAAUGCAGGCCUACACCGCCCUUCGCUCGGAAUUCCGGCAACAUAUGACCAAGUAUCAGUUGGUGCAGCCAUUCGUGAUAUUGGACACUUGCUACAACUUCACUGGGUAUAACCACAUCACAAUACCUGCGGUGGUUCUGCAGUUCAGUAAUGGGGUUAGCCUUUAUGUCGAUGCCUCAGGGAUACUCUACUUUGCAAGCCUCUCGCAGGCUUGCCUCGCCUUUGCUGGCAAUGAUGAUGAGAACGCUGUGUCCAUUGUUGGGAACAUGCAGCAGCGGACGUUCAAUGUGGUCUACGAUGUGCCCAACGGAAGGAUUGGAUUUGGUUCUGGAGGCUGUGGUUGA